UGAUGAGCAAUUCAGAAAUCGUGGCUUGGGGGCUAUUAACACAACUCAACACAAGAAGUCCAUAGACAAAGAAGCUGAAAGAUCAGUGAAGUUAAGCUCAGCCAAGGAAGAUGUCAUGGCAGGCGUACGUGGACGAGCACCUGAUGUGCGAAAUGGAGGGAAACUUCCUCAACUCCUCCGCCAUCAUUGGCCACGACGCCAGUGUCUGGGCCCAGAGCUCCUCCUUCCCUCAGUUCAAGCCUGAAGAAAUAACUGCCAUUAUGAAUGAUUUCACUGAGCCUGGUUCUCUCGCUCCAACUGGCUUGUACCUCGGUGGAACAAAAUACAUGGUGAUCCAAGGCGAACCAGGAGCUGUCAUUCGAGGAAAGAAGGGACCUGGUGGUGUUACUAUUAAAAAGACCAACCAGGCAUUGAUCAUCGGUAUCUAUGAUGAGCCCAUGACGCCGGGCCAGUGCAACAUGAUUGUUGAAAGGCUUGGCGAUUAUCUCAUUGACCAGGGUCUUUAAUUGCUUUGUGGAAUAAUGAUAUAUAAGUACUUGAAGUUACGCAAAACUCCUUAUGGGAACAAAACUGUUUGGGGCUUGAGAAGUGCUAUAUAUAUGAUCUUCUUUUGAGUUGAAACUGUCUCUGUAUUCUCUUGAUAAAAAGUUUACAAUGAUUUGUGAGUGAGGCACUUAUCUACAUUGGAGUGGCUUUCCUUUAAUGGAUUCUAACUUGAUUGGAAUCUUUCAUAAUUAUAAUUUGUGGUUUGUGUAAUCA